AUGGAACAAAUCCGUGACACCGCCGAAGCUCCUCUGUCGAAAAUUUCUGAUUUGCGCGCAACAGUUGAGCUUAUUCUUGGGUCAUUGGGCUCAUACUCUACGGCUCUCGAUGAGGGAAAUGGUAUCGCGAGGCGUCUAAACGUACCUCUACUCGGCAGUCGGGUGGAAGACAUCAUCGGUGGUUCCUUCAGCAGUCCUUGCCCGCGUAGCGUUGAGAUGGAAGAUCCGGCGAAUGGCCAUGGAGUUAUUUCGAGCUGGGUGGAUCUCAUUCGGAAGGCGCACCCUGACCAGUUCGAACCGCGCGGGAACGGGAUGUUCUAUUACCGGGCGCAAGGCCUGACAAUAGAAAUGACCAAACAUGACCGGGAAGCAGUUUGCUCUCCAGUUUUUCGGAAAAUUAUCUGCUCAGGGCCCCUCCCAGAGGAUUUGAAAGCAGAACGGGAGACCAUAACUACCCUGCUAGGCGACAUGUCUGGGCUGAGUAAAGAUAUGAUGCAAGCUUUUGCGAAGAUCCAACAAGUUGUGAAACAACUGAAAGAAUAUAGCAACAUUCUCUCGGCUCCGGCCGGAACCGCAACCUCCCCCAUGGAGCCUGCCAAUCAAGUGUCGACCAUGUCUUCACGGUUUUCACCUCUCAGGCCUUCAAUCGGGAAUUCAGGGGGUGAUGAGAAUUGCACCUUGCCGAUUUGUGUACCACAACCUCCACCACCUGAUCACCGACUAGUGCAAACCCAGGAACGUACGCUGCAUAAGGUCCAUGUUGCAUCAGAAAGAGAAAAAAAUUGCGCAAAGUCCGGGGGGAAAGACGUGCUUCGCCUACAGUCUCGCCAUCGCUGGAACAGGGCAGAGAAAACAGCAUUUGCAGACUUUAUGCGUGGCCGAAAUCAUAUGUCCUGGCCAGAGAUAGCAGACGACUACUGGAAGAUCACGGGGAAUCAGUACAGUGUAAACUCAUUGAGGCAGCUGGCUAGGCGAAUGGGAAUCCAGGUAGAGUGUGGAAUGCCGAAAAAUCCUUCAAGAUCGAGCCGAUCUAGCCCCUUGGUGCUGAAAGUUAGCCUGCCUCCGCACUUAAUGAAGCCAUCCAAGAAUGAUCAAACCGCAAACUCCAUCGGGAUCGCUACUCAGGAUCAAGAUUGUGAGGCAAGCGACAGACUAGAAGAGCCUGAGAAGCAUGGGUAUGACAGUGAGGCCAAAUGCUCCGCGCCGAAUUCACCUUAUUCACCGCGAGAUAUACCCAAUCCCAACGACAUGCACAACCAAAGUCAAAGGCCUGGCCCCGGACAAGACGCGGCUGGCCAAUUAAAUUGGAUAUUGAACUGA